AUGGUUAUGCAACAGGUUGUGGUACAAGGAGACUUACUUGCAAAGUUAGGAACAAUGCAGAACAUGGAUGGUUCCUUCUCUAUUAAAAAGAUGUACCUGCAUCUGAUUCCUCGUCGCCCCAAAGUCCCCUGGAAAAGCCUUACACUACAGCAGAACAUCCAUCAACGAGUGAAAUUUAUCCUAUGGUUAACAGUGCAAAACAGAUUGGCAGUAGUGGAUCGACUGCAGAUGAUAGACAUACAAGCUCCUAUGGCUUGUGUUUUCUGUUAUGGUGGUAUUGAAACUCAUGCACAUCUAUUCUUUGAAUGCCCUGUUACAAGUGCAUUGUGGCUGAGAUUACUGACCUGGCUUGGGAAUAUCGGGAACAAAGGUAAUGUUAUACAUGAAUUACAAAGGGUAUGCAGUAUGGCCAAGAGGAAGAGUGGACUGGGAGCUAUCACUAGCUGUGCAUAUGCAAUGGCAGUCUAUGGCAUAUGGAGGGAGAGGAACCUGUUAAGGUUCUAG